AAUUUACAUAGCUUGGCCGCACGGUCACGGUCUAGCUCCAGCUGCUAGAUUGGCCGCACCGGCAGCGCGAGAGGCGGCGGAGCGCAUGCCGGCGGACAUCGACAUCAAAGUAGAAAGGGCAAUAGCUACACCUCAGUGGGUCAUGGAGAAUGCACGUACUUUCUCAUGGAAUCCAGCUUCGAUAUUUUUGCCUUCAAUUAUCCUAGAUAACCUAAUCAAGCGUGUCAUAAUGAUGGAGCUAAAACAACAAAAACAGAUGGUGAUGCGACUUGAAAG